AUGAUUUUUCCAAGCACUAUUCGAGCUCUUUUGUUUCUCUUAGGUUUACCUGAUGCUCCUUUCAAUGGCAGCGUCGACAUUAUUCUUCAAGAUCGCCAUUCGGUUACGAUCGAACUGCCCAAUUAUUUUCCGCUUAUUGAAUCUAGAGUAAUCGCAGUUCUAGGUGGUCUCGAUUUGCAUGGUUCUUUACGUGAUAUUUCAUGGACACGAAUUGCCACAACUGCUGCAUCGGGUGAAAGCUUGAUUAUAUUAAGCGAGCCAGUCAAUUGGAUGAUUGGUGAUGAAUUCGUCAUUACCACUACGGAUAGAGAAAUAUCGCAUACAGAACGGCAUCGUAUUGCUAGUAUCGACAAUGGAACGAUAAUACAUACGAUGGUUCCACUUGCUUACACUCAUAUCGUCUUACAACAUACAUUUCCAAAUGGUCAGACAGUCAACAUAGCUGCUGCAGUCGGUCUAUUGACGCAUAAUGUGCGUGUUAUCAAUCAAAGUCCAUCACCUAAUCUAUCUGGCUUUCGAAUUUUCAUCACACAAUAUUCGACAGUUAUCUGGUAUUCGGACACGAACCAGUGGGAAAAUACAUACUACAAGGGCUAUGCUCGACUUUCGAAUAUACAGUUCAUUGGUUUCGCACAAUUUGAUGAUACAACUAAUAGUGAUCAACGAUCAUCUAUAUACAUGAAUAAUCUAAAUGAUUGGAAUUCACAACGGCCUACUUACAUCGAUGCUUGUUCAUUCGAUGGUGGAUUUAAUGCUGCAAUUGGCAUGCUGAGUACGAACGGUGUACCUAUUACAAACAAUGUUAUUUAUAAUACAUAUCGAACAGGUAUUGCAGUUACCGGAAAGAAUAACAUUGUUCGAAAUAACCUUGUAACAACUGUCUAUUGGUCGGGCACGGCUCAAUCAUCGUCAAUCGCUGAGUACAAUAUCAAUUAUGAUGGGGCCAUUAUGUCUCGUGAUGCCAUCAGUGUGAUAAUGCAGAAUAAUCUUGUAUCUGGAGUUGAACGAUCGGCUUAUCGAAUUCAAGGUGAAGCAUGUCCGAGUGCAUACAUUCCUGGAUAUAUAUACAAUACUUAUUCGAAUAAUGAAGCUCAUUCGGCAAUGUCUGGCGUCAGUCUUUGGCCAUUGGAUAAAGGCUUUUCCAUUUAUAAAGCAUGGUAUUAUGGUUUUUAUAUUAAUACACCUCGCAAUAUCACUAUCGACUCGUGUAAAUCAAUCGAUAGCCGGGUUGGCAUUUUUACGUACAUUGUUGGACCAUCGCCUCUAACGCAUAUAAUUAUUCAAAGUCGAGUUAACAUCCAAAAUUCAAUGGUUAUUGGUUCGAUAACACCAAAUGAUUGUAGUGAUGUGAUCAAUUUAAAUUCGAGUAAUAUUCAAUUCGCUCAAAUGGCUGUACCAACUGUAUCGGGAAUAUUAGCUAACAAUGGUGAUGGUAAUCGAUUUGGUAUCGUUUUCCCAACUAUUUCAACCUAUAAUGGCAUGCCAAUUCGUUCCUGGAACCGAAUUGGAAACUAUCCUUGUCUUGAUGGUUCAAUGCUGAUUAGGAACGUUAUUCUUGCUUUCUUCAACGAUAUUUGUAAUCGACAUGAUACAGCCAUUCAAGUAUCGCAAAGCAAUGAUGAUGGACAGUUUCCUAUUACAACAAGUUUAAUGUUUGUCUAUAAUAUAUCUGAAACAAAUCGGAUUUUCAAUGGGCAACCCAAUUUGGGUGCAGUUAAUCCGAGUCAAUGUGGUGAUAUGGAUUGUGAUGGUCUCAAAAAGAAUUUAAUCGUCGACACUGAUGGAACACUCUUUGGACAAUCGUCGAGUGUCUUUUCUCAAGCUGAGUCUCUCUGGGGUAAUCAACGGCAUGGCAUUGGCGACUUUCGUAUUCCUAUGGUAGCAAUGACUAACUUGAGUGGCAACAGAAUCAAUAUAAGCUCUAUUUAUCCAUAUCGGGGUAUCAGUCGUAGUAAUUCUUGCAUUCUUCAUUCAUCGUGGGGAAUGUAUCAAUGUAAUUAUGACACUGAUUAUCGUAUGUUGAUUAUUGAGAGUAUGGAUUCAGAUACUGAAACACGACGUCUUUCGCCUGUUGCUAUCAUGUCCAAUAAUGGCUAUAUUGAUUUGAUCAACGGGCCUAGCAAUCAUCUUGUUUGUAAUGGAUAUGCAUGUCGGCGACGCAUUUCAACAUUCAUGGCCAUUGUUAAAUCAGAACAAGUAUAUCAGAUCUAUCUAACAAGUACUCCACCGAAGCGUAUACGUUUUCGACUUAUUAAUGCUGAUUCAACAAUUAAAUGCAUUUUGGCUUUGUACUACAAUUCAUUACAGCAGAUUGAUGUUUAUGCUAAUACCGUUUACACGUCACCAAUUAACCGGGAUCCAAAUUCAACUGUUCUGAAACUUCUUGAUCAACCAAACAAUAUUACGUUUUCAUCACCACCCGGAGCGAAUUAUUUUGACAGACGUUUACGUCGUCAAGUGUCAUCCAUUCGACUAAAUAUUGAACUACGUGAUGAACCACGAACCAGUUCGACAUCAACUGGUGGAGUUCUUGGUGAACUUCUGUCGAAUAUUGCUGCAAAUAUCAUCAAUCGUUAUCAAACUGGUCAAUUACAAAUUGCUUGGAAAGCUCUCAAUUUAACGGGUGACAUUAUUCCUGUGAGUUUAGAUGCACAAGAGCCAUUUGAUAAUGUGUCUACACCUUUGGGUAUUAUCAAUAGAACUCUUCUCUUAAUACCACCAACCAGCUGUCGACAGCAAAGUCCGUGCACUAUUCAACCAGUAAUCGUUGCUUAUGAUGCAGAGGGCAACGUUAUUCAAAAGUUAGGUACCAAUGAUCAACCAUGGCAAGUACAGGGUACUGUUAUUGGUCAGUCAAGUCAAAUCCUGUACGGUGGCAUUGCCAAUUAUUCAAAUGGACAAGCACAAUUCCAAUCAUUUAGUUUACCAAAUCUUGGUUCCUAUCAAGUUCAAUUUACCUUCAUUCAACCGAAUGGUAUCAACAGUUCAUUUUUUACAACGGCCAAUCUAACCGUUCAGACAGAUCCAGUUACUGUAACAGAAGCGAUUCUAGGUGGUCAACAAGUGAACAAUAUCUAUGUCGUUAAUGUCAAUGAUACAUUCGACAUAUCGGUUGUGCCAGUCGAUAAUAUCACUGGUCUUCAACUUGGACAAAUCAAAUGGGACAACUGGACUUGGUGGACAAAUGUUACACUCUAUAAUUUACCAAAUUUCAAUAGUCAUGGUUCACUGAUCGCACAAAAUAUAUCAACAACUAUUGUCAAUCUUACAGCAGUCACUGUCACUGAUCUAAGCAUUAAUGCUACUGGCAUGUAUAUAUUGAACAUUCGUUUGGUUUCAUCGGACAAUAAGCACACUAUUCAAAUGGUAUCAAAUGGUAUUCUUGUUAAAAAUAGUGAUGAUAAUCUUGUUACGGAUUCGGAUCAAUUAUUGAGCAAUGUUACAUUUGCGGGCAACUACGAUGCGCUCAAUGCUUCAAAUCAACUUGAAAUCAAACGAGCAAUGAUUUAUAAUUAUUUCAUCAGUUGUGGUAUGCCACUUGUCAGUGAUAUUACUCUAUUGAAUGGUAGUGUUACCGCAUUGUUUCAAGUUAGUGCACUGCCUACAAUUAUUUCACAAGCAGUUACAAUCCUCCUAAAAAAACCUAAUGCUGUGCCUGGUUUGAAUCUUAUUUCAGUCAAUAUCAAUGGUCGGUCCUACUCAGUUUCAUCAUCACCUGAUAGUAGUUCGGGUAUUAGUUCAGACAAUCAAUCAGCAAACAUCGGCCUCAUUGUUGGUCUCGUCGUUGGUCUUGCCAGUAUUCAGACUCAGUCUCCAUCGCUUAAUCGUAUUGGCUCAGGUCGAAUAACAGAAAAUGUUCAAUCUCAAGCAGUUAUACUAAAUGUCGCUCAAGACGAGUUCUACAAAGUCGACUAUCCAUUAAUAGAAAUGGAAUUGAUCGCAUUCGAUUGA